CCGCCGGAAAACAACCCCCAACCACCCCCCAGCCCCUCCCGGCGUCUCCGCGCGACGUCGAGACCACAGUCUUUAUUCCGAUGCCGGCGCCGAGAACGGCUCAAAGCCGCCACGCGUGUAAACUGAAUUAGCACUAGUGUUGUUGCGUGCUAAGUUAACUUUCCGUUGACGCCGGAUGGGCUGUCGGCCGACUGGCGACAAGUGGUAUCGACCCGGCGGCGUGGGCCUCAGAGCCGCCCGCGCGCGCCGCCACCGUAGUCCUGUCCGACACGCACCGCGGCGCCACGCGAAACUACAAACUAGAAAACACAAAGUGCCUGUAAAAGACUGACAGAAACCGAGCCAGAGUGAGCAAGGAGGCCGCGCGGCUGUCACUUUGACGUUCGGAGGCUGGCCGCUGACAGCACGACACCAUGCGGUGGCGAUGUUUCGGCGCGGCCACUUCUACUACUGGAAGCGCGUGCUGAUCGCGCUGCUUUACGUGCUGCUGUACGAGGUGCUGAGCUGGACCAUGUUCCCGCCGACGAGCUACGUGCUGCUGCGGCAGGAGGCCUCGCUGGGGGACCAGUACGGGCUGGUGCACCUGGCGGCGGCCGGCCGGCCCGCGCUCACAGACCGCCAGGGCGCGGAAGUCUUCACCAGUCGCAACUGCGGCCGCUGCUUCAUCACCAACAACCGGGGGUUCGCGCCGAUGUGGGAGUACGACGCGCUGGUGCUCCACGACGGUGAGGAGCCCCGGGGCUUCCCCGCGGACAAACGCUUCACACUCCACGCGACGGAUGCCUGCUUGCGGGGCAACUUGGUGAACUGCGACGUCGAGCCGACACUCACGUCCGAGGAGACGAAAGAAAGCCUAGAUUUAUGUGGCCUGUGCGAUCUGUUGCUGAAGAGGAGGGAAGAGAACAGAUUCUCGUGAGUAAAAGUGGUGUUCAAAAUUCCUCAAGUGAUUGUUUUUUAUUGGACUCGAAAACUGAGGUGAUAAUAAGCUGCCUUCAAAUCAGAGUUUUGCCAAAUAUUGUUAUAGUAAUAGCUAAGUAAACCCGCCGCCUGCGUCAUGCAUGUUACAAUGUCGUGCGUGAGGGUCCAGAUAUUGUUAUAGCAUGUGAUAUUGUACACCUCGUGCCUACUCAACCACCCUCCUGUGACUUCACUAGUGCUACCGGGGUGCUGCCACGCUAACUGCGACCCUAUCACGUUGUAUUACAAGCAGUGAAUAUACUAUACAACAGAGUAAAAGUGGAGUCCCGAUUGGGGUGAAACUUUAAUAGACAACUCAUUCUCAUUAAACUUAUUUAAAUCCAAUAUAGAAGUUAUACCUAGUGGUUAUUUUUAUUGUUUUGUAAACUUCCACAGUAGGUACUUCUUUACUAUCGUUUGCAUGUUUGGUUUUUAUGUUUUAGUUAUUAUUUAUAUUUUAUACUUAGAAUGCAUUUGGCAUGGCUAUUUAUAUUUUAUUUUAUUUAAUAUGAAAGGCUAUAGAUACAAGUACUUAUACACCUUUCAGAUAUUUCUUUCGGAAUUUGUGUCCUGAUUAGACCUAAUUCUUAGGAGUCUUCAUGAAUACAGGGCCUAUUAUAUACAUUUAAGAAUAUAAUAGUCAUCGAAUAAAUAACAUGUAAUGUAGAUUAAUAACAAACAUUGUGGGUAGAAUUGUAAACUUAAGAGAUAUUGAAGUGAACUGGUCACCCGGGAACUGCUUUAGUGCAUUACUUGUACCUCUAUUUACUUAGUUAUAGAUAAAUUUAAUGUUCCAAAAUUAUACCAUUUGCUUAUACCAUUACCAUGUGGCAUGUGUGUGAGAUGUCGCCACAUAUUAUACUAUUAUGUCGUCAAUAACAUACAGCUUGCAACGCACAAGAAAAUACUGUAGUUAAAUAUACAAAAUUAAGUUAAGUACUCAUAAUAAAUUCUCAUUAAUUUACUGAACUUGAAAAUUGUAAAAUGCAGCUUUUGCAACAGUAACGUAACAUUCGUGGUGCUUUUGAAUAAAAUUAGAGUGAAAAUAGAAACUUAGGCCUUCAAACUACCUUUUAAGAAAUGUCGAAUCUCAAAUGUUUACAAACUCACUAAAAUAACGAACCAAUGAAAUUGUUAUUUAUUAUGAUGUGAUCAUUAAAUAAAUAUUUUUGCCACAG